AUGGGAUCGACCACUAAUGGCAUCAAGUGGGUGGUUCAACAGGAACUCUUGAAGGAGAAGCCCACAGAUUAUGCUGUAUUCAGCAACGUCCAGCCCGGCUUCGUUGGUAGUGCAGCCGAUAACCAUGAGCUUAUCGGUAGCAAAGGGGCCAGUAUUACAUACGAGCAGGCAUCCCGUCGCAUGGUAGUCAAGUUGCCUAGUGGUCUCCAUAAGACCGCGGAGUGCAAUCUCUCGGGAUUAAUCGAAUUCGAUAGACACUUGGGUAGCGAAGGUCAGGUCUGCAAAGAGCUAGACUCAUGCUGGCAGCCUGGUGUCAACCGUUUGCCUCCCAAGCGAAUUUCGAAAUGGCUGACAAUUGUCGUCGACAGUGGGUGGACAGAGACUUUCCGGCAUCUACGGUCAGAUGCUAGGCUUUAG